UUUUUGCUUCCCUUGCGCUGUGUCCAUCGCUCACGACGGUUUCCUCUUCCGUUUCGACAGCUUUCCAUGACAAAGUGCAGACAAUUUCAGGAAUAAUUGUGCCGGAAAGAAUUCUCAAAGCGAAGUGCAAGGAAAAGAUGAUGUAGUGGCCACAGGAGCGAGUGAAAGAAAGCGCAGCGGCAUCUUCGGGAAAGAGCGAAGGGAAGUCUAAGACGCCAUGAAGGAGGAGGAACUGCUGCCCCGGGAGCCGCCGUCGAAGGAGGGCGUCCUGGGCACCCGCGGGCGGCCCCUCCUGCUGCCGAUGCUCUCCGCCUUCCUGUGCCUCCUCGUGCUCGCCCAGGCCGCCUCCUUCUUCUUCCUGUUCAGCCGCGUGGAGGACGUGCGCGAGCGGGCGGAGGCGGCGGAGGAGACGGGCAAGAACAGGGACAUCUACCUGGCCCGGGAGCUGGGGGCGCUCAAGGAGCAACUUCGAGCCGUCCGGAGUCAACACUUCGUCCACGCCCCUCCGCACCCGCCGCCCACCGGCGCCGACAAGCCCGACGCCCACCGCGGCUCCCACGCCCACCACAGGGCCGGCGAGCACACGCCCGACGGGAGGCCCAGCGGCCACAGGAGGGCCAAGCGGAGGGCGUCGGACCCCUCCUACGGCGUGAACGGCGAGGUGGGCGAGGCGGACGGCGAGAGCGGGGAGCUCAGCGUGAAGCCCCUCGGCGAAGGCAGCGACAACAGGAGCGGCCUCGACCAGUCGUGGCUGGACAUCACGUCCUACUCCAGAAUCCCGUACAACACCAUCCAGGAGUUCUGCAGCAGGACGCGAGCCUCGUGCCCCCCGGGCCCCGACGGACCCCAGGGGCCCCCCGGCGCGCCCGGCAGCGACGGCGAGCGGGGCGACCGCGGCCUCCCGGGCCUGGCAGGACCCGUGGGGCCCCGCGGGGAGAGGGGCUUCCCCGGCAACCCAGGCAUCACGGGGCCCAAAGGCGAGAAGGGAGAGAAAGCUUAUAGAGAUAACGUAGCAAACCAACUCACCCCUCGAGAAAAUCCAGCCUACAUAGUGAAAUGCGGCGGAAUUCCCCGUAGACUUAUGCAGCGCAGAAUGGACGGGCUGGACGGGCUGCCGGGAGAGCCGGGGCUGGAUGGCAUCCCCGGAAGGAACGGCUUCAACGGCUUCUCGGGCGUGGACGGCGUGCCCGGCAAGAACGGCGAGAAGGGCUACAGCGGGAGGGACGGAAUCGACGGAAUUCCCGGAUCGAAGGGCGACCGAGGACCGCCUGGACUCCCUGGGACUCGAGGUAUCCCUGGGCCCCGAGGACGCUCUGGCAACCCAGGUGAAAAAGGUGAAGCAGGUGUUCCCGGUCUGAGCACCUGGCUGAUCAACGGCACCGAGGUUGAGAAGCUCCUUAUUCCCCCAGAAAUACCGGGCUCGACCCGGAAGAAGCCCAGACGCCGCAAGACCAUCAUCGUCCGCGAGGGAGACAACCUGCGCAUGCGCUGUAACCCCACAGGGGAGCCUCGGCCGCAGGUGGAGUGGAGCAGGGAGGACGGGGGCGUCAUUCCCACGGGCCAGUGGAAGGACAGCGGACUCAACAGCCGGAUCCUGAACUUAACGCACGUUCGCCGAGACCACACAGGAACCUACCUCUGCCAGGCUUACAACGGGGUCCCGCCCUCCGACUACAAGAGCUUCAAGGUCGAAGUUCACUUCGAACCAUACCUCCGCAUAAGGCAGUGGAAGGUUGGCACUUACAACGGAUCGAAUGCCAGGCUGGAGUGUGAGGUGCAGGCCUUCCCCCAGCCCGUGACCUACUGGGAGGACCAGCACGGGCACAUCCUCGACAACUCGAGCAAAUACUCCAUUGCUUAUCAUCCCAAUCCGAAUAUCUUGUGGAAGAGUAUGAUGAUCCUAAAUAUUUCGGACAUCGAAGCGACUGACUUUGGAGAUUACCAUUGCGUCGCCAAGAACGAGCUGGCAAUGAUCAGAGGUCACGUGAAGCUGUAUGAGAUCGACCCCACCCUCUACAUCCCCAAAACGGGCACCGAGGACAUCCUCACCUUCGGCCUCGAUGCCCCAAGGUACUCCGAGCUCUUCGACGACUUGUGCCCGCCCAUCCAGGAGUGCCCCGAGUGCCCCAAGACGCCCAAGUGUGCCGAGGGGCGUGGAACACUCUUCGGCCUGCAGGUGGAACAGUUCGGGAACAAGACGUAUCCUGGAUUUAGGAACAGAACCUUCGACUGCAUGCUCUCGGCCGUGGGCAAGCCCGUGUACCACCGCCACACGGACUCGAACUACGGGUCGUGGAUGCGGGACCCCCUCCCCAGGGACACGUCGCUCGAGACCAAGUUCUACACGACGGAUCCCACCAGCCCUUAUUACCUCUACGAAUUCAGCGACAAGAACCAGUACAGGAAGAACCUGCCGAGUAAGAACUACACGCUCCCGAGACCCUUCGUGGGUAACUCCCACGUCAUGUACAACGGCUCGUUCUACUACCACGAGCAAGGCCACCAGAAGAUCAUCAGGUACGAACUCAGCUCGGGCAACACCAAGUCCGUCGACGUCCCCGAAGUGGCCACGGACGGGACCAAUUACCUGUACAAGGAGAGCAGAGACUACGUCGACCUCAGCACGGACGAGAACGGGCUGUGGGCGAUCUACGGCCUGCCCUCCAACAACAACACGGUGGUUAUGAAGCUGGAUCCCUGGACGCUCAAGGUGGAAUACAGCUGGAACAUCUCGCUGAGUCACCAUAGAUUCGGUGAACUGUUCAUCACCUGCGGCGUUCUCUAUGCCAUCGACAGCACGACGGAACGAGACACCAAGAUCAGAUUCGCCUUGGAUUUGUACCGCAAGAGUUUCCUCGACGUGGAUCUGCAGUUCAACAACCCUUUCAGGAUGACGACCAUGUUAGGUUACAAUCCCAGCACCAAGGAAAUCUACUCGUGGGACAGCGGCAACCAGCUGACUUACCCCAUAAAGUACAUCGACAUCGGCUACAACACUCCCGACGAGGAGCGCGGAGGACACGAGACCUCGCCGUACCACAUGGACUACGAGGAGGACUUCGAGAUCGACGACGCGCGCCCGAGCUAACACCAGUAGCGCGCACCCUUCCAGAGCUCAUCGUCCUCUAUAGUUUACUAUGGAAUGCGGUUUUCUUUGAAGGAAAUCGUUCACAGAAAAUGGGAAAUUUUGAUUGUAAAUAUGAAUGACGUAAGCUGUCGAAUGGAACUAUUUGUUCUCUCUCAUAGGUAACAUAGGUAACACGGGGUCGAAGCAGACCCGUAAAGGUGUUAAAGGAUAGUAGACGAUAUGAAAGAAAAGCGAUACCUCAUCAAUCUUCUAUGGGAAAAUACAGAAAACGUGAUCUACAGCUACUGCGUAAAAGAAAACGGGAGUGGUCUUGGUCACCUGAUGAGGAAAUCGGUCUCUGAAACCGUGUCCGAGAUAUCAACGACCUCUUUCAGAUUGCUAAAGUAAGAUAUUUCUUGAUACUAACAACAUUCUAGAUAAUUAUGAUGUGUACCAAGUGUCUCCAAUGUGAAAACAUCAAUGAAGUGAUCCAGAGGAGAUUAUGUUCAAUACCAGAAUCUGGGGCCUGUGUAAUGGAGGAUAAAAGAACCAGAAUCAGAUGGAAAUGGAGAGAAAAAAUGAAGAAGAAAGGAAAACGAAAGGAGUCGAACUCACUGAAAAGAAGAAAAUGGCGAAUCCAACACUGUGGAAAUUCUCCCGAAGGACGUCUUGUGCAGACAAAAUUCAGGUGAAAACCAGCAUAGCAACAGGUUCUAGAUGUAUGGUAGUUUGCCAUAGGAUUUCAGAUAGUGAAUAGGUGGAACAAGUGCUUUACGCAAGUUACAGUGUAUGAGUUUUACAGCUUCUUAUAGGCAGGAUGGUACUAGAGAGUAACACAACCUUUGUAUUCUGCUGAAUAUAAACUAUAGAUUUACCACAUAGUUUGUUUUUUACUCUCUUUACAAGUCCUAGGAGCAGAUCAGCCAUUUCACAAUGUACGGGAAGAAUUCAGUGAAAGACAGAAUUAAGAAAAAAGUAAAACAAGAAAAUAACUGAUGUUAUAGCUGAUGGCGCGUCCGAAACAGCUGCAAAGAUGUAAACGGAGUGAAGCAGCGUCCGAAACCGUGCCCGAGUUUCUCUUGAUAUACUCAUUUUCAAUGUUCUCUUUACGUUUGUUGUUCGGGGUCGACUGUGGACGCGCUAAUCAGCAACCUCUGCAUUUAAAUGUAAUUGUCAGUGUUAAGUGUUAUACUUGAAGUGUUGUAUACUAUAACAUGCUAGUUUGUGCGUUUAGCAUGCCACGGGAGAGGUGCCGUAAGAAUUUACGUAUUUUUAUAGCCCGGAUGAUUUUUUUUUCUUAUUUCACUUAAGUGUUUUAACUCUGAUAGGGAGAUCAAGUGCCACAUAACAUUAAAGUUAUUGUACAAAAGGGAGCUUGUAUGACUGAUACUGAUGUAAUACGAAGCUACACUCACAUGAUUGGUUAUUUUGACAAAAAAAA